GUAUGGUGUUGUGGUGCGGCCCAAAGAUCUCUCCGCUAUAAGAUCUUUGGUGCGGCCUGAGGGACAGAGCGGCGGCGGAGCCAGGCGGUGAAGAUUGUCCAGCAUCUAUCUGGAAAAUGAGGCCAACGCACUGGGACUUUCCGCUGGAGCUUUGUUGCCGACCCAUGGCGUUUGUAGCCCUGACGGGCCUUGAUGUGACUUACAAUGCCGUUCACCGAGCCAUCUGGGACGCAUUCUGUGCCAACAGGCGGGCUGACCGAGUUCCUAUAUCCUUUAAAGUUCUUGCUGGAGAUCACGAAUACCCAAAAUGCAAACAAAGGAGGACUGCUUAUGAGUGGUACAUUCCAAAAGGCAUCCUUAAAACAGGCUGGAUGAACAAACAUCUGAACCUGGUGCCGGCACUGGUGGUGGUCUUUUACGAACUGGACUGGGACGAGGCCCAGUGGAAGGAGAAACAGUCUGAGUGUUCCACCAGAGUGGAAAUUGUCAGGCAAAGUUUACAUGGAAGAAACACAAAGGUUGCUGUCGUGCUGAUACAGAAGAAGACUCCUUUACCUCCAGGUGAGGACUUAAUCGCCUCAGAAAGAGCAGCUGCAUUGUGCAAUGCCUGUGACCUAUCGGGAAAGUCCUUAUUCGUACUGCCACACACGGACCAUCUGGUGGGAUAUAUAAUCAGGCUGGAAAAUGCUUUCUACGAGCACGCUCAGACUUAUUACUACACGGAGAUCCGGAGAGUUAAAUCACACAAAGAAUUCCUGAAUAAAACCACUCAUCAGCUCUUAUUUGUGAGACAUCAGUUCAAGACUGCAUUCUUCAGUGAAUUAAAACAAGACACACAAAAUGCAUUGAAAAACUAUCGGAGUGCGUAUAACCUGGUACAUGAACUGCGUGCCCACGAGACCAACAUGCUUGAAAUCAAAACAAUGGCUGGAUUCAUUAACUACAAGAUUUGUCGAUUAUGCUUCCAGCACAACGCUCCAUUGGAUGCCAUCGCCCAGUUUCGUAAGCAUGUGGAUCUGUGCAAGAAGAAGAUUGGCAGCGGUGACUUGGCAUUUGAACACACUGCUUGGAUGUCCAAACAAUUUCAAGCGUUUGGCGAUUUGUUUGAUGAAGCCAUAAAACUUGGUCUGACAGCAAUUCAAACUCAGAACCCGGGCUUCUACUACCAGCAGGCAGCAUAUUAUGCUCAAGAACGCAAGCAGUUGGCAAACCAGCUCUGCAACCAUGACUCCUUGGCCACCUAUCCGAGUCCUGACCCAUUGGAGACCCCUUCUGGACUAAUGGACUUCUUUGGGCAAAGACCUUGGCGGCAAGGCCAUCAAAGUAUUGAACCACCGGACAACGAGAAAGAGAAAGUUGGCAUUUUGGCGCUACAGCAUAAAGAGCGAGAUGUUGACCAUUCAGAACUAAUCAUUACACUCUUGAGUAACGCAGUAGCUCAAUUCAAGAAGUACAAGUGUCCUCGAAUGAAGAGCCAUUUGAUGGUUCAAAUGGGUGAGGAGUAUUAUUAUGCAAAGGAUUACACCAAAGCAUUGAAGUUGUUGGAUUACGUGAUGUGUGAUUACCGCAGUGAACGCUGGUGGAAGCUGCUCACCUUCAUCUUGAGCACUGCUCUCAAGUGUGCCUACCUGAUGGGACAAAUCAAAGAUUACAUCACCUACUCUCUGGAACUCCUUGGGAGGUCGUCCACACUAAGCGAUGAACAGAAAUCACGUGUGGAAAAGAACCUGAUCAAAGUGUUGAUGAACGAGAGCCCAGCUCCAGAGCCUGAAUGUGAUUCCAAGGCCAUCAAAUCUGCUCAGAAAAUGUGGGCAGACCGUAUUUCUUUAGCCGGAAGCAAUGUAUUUACUAUUGAAAUGCAAGAUUAUGUGCCAUUUGUUGAAUGUAAAGCCCGUUUCCUGGCACCAAGUUUCCACAUUGAUGACCCCGUACAACUUCAUGUGUAUCUGCGAGCUGACUGCCCUCAUCCAUUCCGAUUUUCAAAGCUCUGUGUCCGUUUUAACAACCAGGAGUACAACCAGCACUGUGUGGUGGAGGAAACCUACCAAACAUCUGACAUAUUGGAAGCCUCAUCACAAGGCACCAUGUGCCUCGUUCCUGGUAAGACCAGGCAGUGUACGUUCAAGUUCGUUGCUCGCACUGAGGACGUCGGAAAGAAAGUGGAGAUUACGUCUGUCGACCUUGUGCUGGGCUCUGACAUGGGCAGGUGUGUGAUACUCAACUGGAGGGGCGGUGGGGGUGAUGCAGCCUCGUGCCAGGAGGCCUUGCAGGCCACUCGCUCCUUUAAACGCCGACCAAAGCUGCCAGACAAUGAAGUGUGCUGGGCCAGCAUAUCAAUACUGGCAAGCACCAUGGUGAUAUCCCGCAUUCCAAGAGUAUCCGUACAGUUACACCAUGAACCGCCGACAUUGACUAAUGAGAUGUAUUGCAUAGCAGUGACUGUUAAGUCGCAAGAGGUCACCACCGCAGGGGAUAUGAAGCUCACCGCAGGCUUAAAACCAGGCCAGGAUGCCAACCUCACUCAGACGACUCACAUAACCCUUGAUGCCACAGAGAUGUGCGAUGAUUCCUGCCCAGCCUUGCUUCCUGAUAUUCCAAUUGGAGACUUGCUUCCAGCAGCGAAGGUGGAGAAGCCUAUUUACAUCAGGUGCGCGCAGGUUGGAACGCGAGUUUUCUUGGUUCACGUCUCUUAUGUUGUUACUACCGUCGUUGAAGGCAAAGAAAUCAUUUGCAAAUGUCACAAGGACGAGACCAUCACCAUUGAAACAGUUGUCCCAUUCGACGUCACUGCAAAGUUUGUUUCCACAAAAUUUGAAAACAUGGACCGGGUGUUUGCAGACAUCCCCUUCCUGCUGAUGAUGGACAUCCUGAGUGCCUCUCCGUGGGCACUCACCAUUGACACCAGUAGACUGGAGCUGGCCCCUUCUAUGACUUCGGUGGACCAGAUGGAAUCGCAGUUGGCACAAGUGGUUUUACAGACGGGCGAGAGUGCCAGUGAGUGCUUCUGUCUGCAGUGCCCGCCAGCACCAGUUAAUCAGAGCGGGGUCGCUUCAGGUCGUUAUAUCAUCUCCUGGAAAAGGACCUCUGCUGCAAAGAGUGUACCUGUUGUCAAGACGGUGAUUACGUUGCCACACGUGAUUGUGGAGGCAAUUCCACUCUAUGUUCAUGCAGAUCUUCCUUCCUUCGGCAGGGUGCGAGAAUCUUUGCCUGUCAAAUACUGGUUGCAAAACAGGACCAAGUUAGUGCAAGACGUGGAGAUUUUUGUGGAGCCCAAUGAUGCCUUUAUGUUUUCUGGUCUUAAACAGAUCCGAUUAAGAAUUCUCCCAGACACGGAGCAGGAGUUACUGUACAACUUCUACCCCCUGAUGGCCGGCUACCAACAGCUCCCGGGCCUCAACAUCAGCAUUCCCCGCUUCCCUGCCGUCUCUGGCCAGCUGCUGCGCAGGUUCCUUCCCACUCACAUCUUUGUAAAGCCGCAAGGUCGACGCGCUGAUGAAGUGAUCGUUGUGGCUGCCUGACGGGGAAACUGCUUUGAAGGAUAAAAGUCGCCACUUUUGCAGCAAGAAACAGAACUGGAUAAAACAUUGCUCUUAUUCGUGGGUGUACAAAUGACCCAGGCCUUCUGGCUGCGGUAUUUUUCAUCAGUUAUAUGUUUCUCCACCGCCUUUAAAGGCAAGUAUGACAGUCACAAGCAGUUAAUGUUUCGCGUUGAAAUUAGUGUCCCGGGAACAAAUGUAGAUGGAUGAUGAAGCAAGAAUUAUUUUGGAAGUAGAAUGAUAUAAUUGAGCUUUCUAUUGUUUCACAUUCAGUGAGAAAUGACCUUCGUCUUUGGCAAUACUUAUUUAUAUUCUGUUGUAAAUUUUCCAUUUAUUGCCAUCAUGCAGCUUUGAUUUACAAUUGGACAAGUGGAGCUGCUAAAAUAUCUUUCAAUAAAUCAUGGAUCUGCA